GUUUGUCGCUGUGUGUUCAAGUGUGACCAGGAGAUAGAAACAGGGUUACCAGAAGAAACAAAGGCCAGCACCGGUCUCAGACCCCUAUACCGUCGCCGACGUGUCUAGCCUGUAGUCCGACUGGGCUGUCACCGCUUGAAAGAAGCGUUACACUAUCGUAAAAAACUCCUAAAAUGGCUGAAACGGUCGACCCCGGGCAUUGCAUUUGCCUUUCACAGUCAGCUUCUCGCAAGCUCGUGUUAGUUUUUCGAUGUCUAUUUGAAAACAAAACAUACAUGCUACCACGGGAAGCGAUGGCUUUUCGGCAAGUCUGCAUGGCGGCUCGCGAUGUACACGACCAGUUCGCCAGAGGCGUUGGCUUUAGCAGCAGCUCGUUUGCACAGCAUCCGUUUGACCACAAUGAGGUGUCGCCUGACGGCAUGGUCCGUUCAAUCCGGAGCCUGCUUUCGAGGGGAUGUCGACCCACAAGCCUCAACGCUGCCUUGCCACCCUCACAGGACAGCCAGAAGGAUGUGGAAAAGUUAUUACUACUCCUGAACACCUGGUCAGAGGCCGGCUCGAUUACGAACCUACGGCUGAGCACCAAGCUGCCUCUCACACCAGCUGUGGUGUCUGCCAUGGCUGCUGUCAGCCCCAAACUGACCAGCAUUCAGUUGACCUGCGGUGGUCAGAGCAUUGCGUCAGCCGCAGCAGCCCCCGUGGACACCGACGCAGCAGCCGCUGCAGGGGAGGAGCUGCUGCGGUUGCUGGGGCCUCGUCUCACAAAGCUGGAGUUCCGCAUGUUGGAUGGCUCUCAGGACGUUUGGCCCACACGGGCCUUCCGUAGCUUGUCAGCUUGUACAGCGCUGCGGGAGCUGGAACUGACUUCCCAGGAUGACUUGCUCCCUGUUGAGGGUGUCCCGGCUGACCUCUUCCUGUUAAAGUCCAUCGCGUCCCUCUCUGGGCUCCAGUCUCUGCACCUGGCCGACUCUCCCCUGCGGGCCAGCUCUGCUGUCCCACCACCCACCCCCGCCGAGCGGCUGGCCAGCGCCCCCACCCUGGAGUCAUGUCUCAGCGGGCUGACGGCCCUCACCCGCCUCAAGCUGAACCUAGCCCGUCUGCAGCACUACCCAAACAGGGAUGACUUUGCGGACAUGCCCUACACAGCAGACACCAGCAGUAUCGAGGACCGAAUAGUACAGUUGGUGGAGCAGGGAGAACCCCAGCAGGCGGGGAUGUUGAUUCGUGCCUCGCUGGAGGAGUGGCGGGAGCUGGGCGAUGCACUUUGCUGCAUGCCCAACCUGGCCGAGCUGCAGGUCCCAGUGCUGGUGGAAGCGGAGGAUUUCCCGCAUCUGCCGUCUCUGACUCGCCUCCAUGUAGGCUCCGUGUUUGGGCCACUGGCACGUCAACUGGUGCAACACAUGUGGCUGCUGCCGGGUGCCCAGCCACUUGUACUGCCGCCACGGCUCCAACAAUUCACCACAAACGCACCACUGGCGGUGUCUGCUGCAGCCAUGCUGCAAACCCAGCAGCUGGCUUCUCCGAAGCCAGCAGGCCACUCACCAUGCUGCUUGACGGCGGGGGGCAGGCUGGCAGUGGUUGGGGCCGAACCGCUGUGUCUGGAGUUCUCCAACAGCGGCGAUGUAGAUGAUGAAGGACGCCUGACCGCUGGCGCGGUGGCUGCCAUGCUGCGUGCAGUUGCUGUAGUCCGCCGUGGGUUCGGCCUUGAACCCUGCAGGUGGCGCGGCCAUACAUUUCAACGGGGAAUCCAAGUGCGGGUGUGGGGCAAGACGGGCGUGCGGCCGCCCCGGGCUCCGGACGGCAGCAAUGGCAGCCACUGCCGUGCAUGGCUGGGGGAGCUGGCGUGCCUGCAGCCAGAGGUGUUGUCUCUGUCCAGCUUUGCUGUGUUGCCGCAUGACAUGCUAGGGCUGGCGAGGUGCAUGGCGCAUGUCAAGGUCCUGGAUCUGUCUGGCUGCUCCUACAACGUCGCCUCACUGCCGCUGCUGACGGGCAUGCAGCAGCUCCACACCCUGGAGGUAGACUGUGAGGACUGGGCCUGUGACUACCCCUGGUCCACGCAGCACCAGCAUGCGAUCACAGCCGCAUUCCUGGCCCUUACUGGUCCGAGCUGUGAUGGCGCUGGGGCUGCUGCUGGCCACCAUGAGGCAGGUCGUGAGGGCGGCGGUAGCGGUGCUGGUGAUGAUGAGGGUUCGAGGUCGGUGGUGUGUGGGCCACUGCCGCAGCUGAGGCAGAUCUGGAUUGGGUACUUUGAGGAUGAGGACACGCGCGCGUGGCUGGAGGCUGCUGUGGCGCUCGUGCGGGCGGAGUUCAACGGCUGGAUGCCCUUAGGCAGGCUGGAGCUGGAAGCCUGCUAAUGCAGGGGCGGUCGGGUGACAUAGUGGUACCUGUGCCCACUUACUACAUAGUCAGUGUCAGUUCUGUGGCUCAGUUGAUAUACAGUCCUUUACAGAGAAUUUGGCAUACUAUGUGCCUGCUGUAGCUGAACUACGGGCGAGGAGGUGGAUAGCUCUUAGAGCCACGCCCCAUACAGUGCACUGCUGGUGACUCUCCAGCGUUGUUGGUGCUUGAUUUGUUUUGCUUGGCGUACUUUUAGGACCUUUGUUGGGCUUGGUACCUGGUAGUAGACUGGCCGAUUGCACGGUGGUGCCCUCCUGUGGACGUGGGAUUGCUUAUGUACAUGCAGUACUUAGUUGUACGGAUACUGCGCGUCAUGAAAGCUCUUGGGCGACAAGGUGGCCAUGGUGGGUGCACCCGGGUGAAGUCGGCAUGCAUGUCAGCACAUGGCAGUGCGGGGAAUGCAUGAACGGCUGGAUGUCCUGCGGGAUACCAUACUUAGUGCCUGAAGAUGUGGUGCAGCGCUGUAUAGCUAGACUGGCAUUUUGGAUUGUUGAAUGUUGUUAGGGGAAACUGCCAGCAGGCACACAUGACCUCCAUUCCUCGCCUGGCUGCCCUAUCUAGCAACCUGGUGUGUCAUGCCUGCCACUGCUGAUGCAUGCUGUGUAGAAGAGGUCUAUCGA